UUCGUUCAAUUCUCUACCCUUCUUAGCAUUCCUUCACUCACCAUAAAAAAAUGGCAGAAGGUGUUCUCUUCAACAUUGCUCAGGAAAUCAUUGGUAGUUUGGGCCCUUUGGCUAUCAAAGAGAUCAAACUGCUGUGGGGUGUCAAAGAUGAGCUUGAAAAGCUUAAGGACACGGUUUCUAUCAUCAACGAUGUGCUUCUAGAUGCGGAGGAGCAACAGGUUAAGAGAAAUGCAGUUAGAAAUUGGCUGAAAAAGCUAGAGGAUGCCAUGUAUGAAGCAGACAACUUGCUAGAUGAUUUCUCCACUGAAUCUCUGCGGAGAGAAAUUAUGACCCGUGAUAAGAUGGCAAAAGAGGUACGCAUUUUCUUUUCCAAAUCAAACCAGUUUUUAUAUGCUCUCAAAAUGGGUCAUAAGAUUAAGGCGAUAAGAGAGAGGUUAGAUUCCAUUAAUGCAACCGCAAAAGAUUUCAAAUUAAAGUUGGGCCAUGAAAAGAUACCAAUCCAGAAUAAGAAGAGGUAUGACAGUUAUUCUUUUGUACGUGUAGAAGAAGUUAUUGGUAGAGAGGAUGCUAAGAAAGAAGUUAUAGAACGUCUAAUGGAAUCCAAUGUUGAAGAGAAUGUUUUGAUCCUUCCAAUUGUUGGUAUCGGUGGAUUAGGAAAGACUGCACUAGCCCAACUCAUAUUCAAUGAUGAGGAAAUUAAAAAACAUUUUGAGCUAAAGAUGUGGGUUUGUGUCUCCGAUAACUUUGAUGUUCAAAUCAUUGUUGAAAAAAUAUUAGGAUAUGCAAAAAACAAGAAACUAGAACAAGUUGAAAUGGAUAGGUUGAUCAAUGCUCUUCGAAAUGAAAUUGAUAGAAAGAAAUACUUACUUGUACUGGAUGAUGUGUGGAAUGAGGAUCCUAAAGAGUGGUCUGAUUUGAAAGAAUUGUUGAUGGGUGGUGCAAGAGGCAGUAGAAUAUUAGUAACUACACGCAGUGAAAAGGUUGCGAAAAUUACUUGCACAAUUAAACCAUAUUCAUUAAGGGGUUUAGAUGAGCUCAAAUCAUGGUCUUUAUUUAAACAUAUGGCAUUUGAGAAGGGACAAGAGUCGGAAAAUCCAAGAAUUGUUGCAAUUGGGAAGGAGAUUGUAAAAAAGUGUGUAGGUGUCCCUCUUGCUAUAAGGACAAUGGGAAGCUUAUUGUACUUUAAAAAUUCAGAAAUAGAGUGGUUGUCUUUUAAGAACAAUGAACUCUCAAAAAUAUCUCAGAGAGAAAAUGACAUCAUACCAACUUUGAAGCUGAGUUAUGAUCAACUUCCUUCACAUUUGAAGCAUUGCUUUGCUUAUUGUAGUUUGUUUCCAAAGGAUUACGAGAUUGAUAAAUCAACACUGAUUCAGCUUUGGAUGGCACAAGGGUUUAUCAAGUUAUCGGAUCAAACCCAAUGCUUGGAAGACGUUGGCCAUGAGUAUUUUAUGAAUUUACUCUGGAGAUCAUUCUUUCAAGAAGUUAAAAUGGAUAGUUUUGGUGACAUAAUUGGAUGCAAAAUACACGACCUCAUGCAUGAUCUUGCCAUAUCAGUGGCAGGGCCGUUGAUCACCACCUUAGAUGAUAAGGAGAUAAACAUUGAUGAGAAAACUCGUCAAGUAGCAGUUGCUUACCAUAUAAGCAGUUCAUAUGAAGUUACAACUUUAUUGUGUAAAGCAAAUAGGAUGCGAACAUUUCUUUACCUUGGCCGGCGGCACUUUAAGGCUAAUAUUGAUUGUGAUGCAACCUUUUCAAGUUCCAAGUUCUUACGCGUGUUGGAUUUGCAAGAUGCAGAAACUUUGCAAAAUUUAAGCUUUAUUGGGAAGCUGAAGCAUUUAAGAUACCUUGAUUUUUCUGGAGACUUAAAAAUAAAGAAGCUGCCUGAUUCUAUAACAAGAUUGCACAAUUUGCAAACACUAAAACUCUCCUAUUGUUGGUCACUAAAAGAAUUGCCGAGAGACAUUAAAAAAUUAGUGAACCUCAGGCAUCUUGAGAUAAAUAGAUGUCCUAGGUUGAGUUAUAUGCCAGUUGGAUUGGGGCAACUGACUAACCUUCAGACGUUAUCCGCAUUUUAUGUCGACUCGGGUUCUCCCUCCAGACAUAGUGAUAGUGGUGGUUUACAAGAACUAGGCGGAUUAAAUAAGCUGAGAGGAGACUUAGAGAUUCAAAAUCUGGGACAUGGGAAAGGUGUUGCGUUAGAAUGUAAGGCUGCGAAUCUGAAGGCGAAACAACAUCUUCGUACUUUGUCUAUAGAAUGGACCAAUAGUCGAUAUGAUGCCAAUAAUUCGGAUGAAGCGUCAUUGGAAGGCUUGGAACCGCACCCAAAUCUGAAAAGGCUUUCCUUAGAAUACUAUGAGGGUUCAAGGCUUCCAAGUUGGCUCUUGUUACUCACAAACCUUGUUGAAUUUGAAUUAACGUAUUCUCCGAAAUGCCAGUAUCUGCCAACGUUGAGUCAACUGCCUUCUCUCAAGUAUCUUAGUCUUGAUUCGUUGGACGCUAUGGAGUACAUAUCAGAAGACGGUGAUAGCAAUGAGUUCUCUUCUUCUUCAACGGUGCAAACACCAUUUUUCCCGUCUCUCGAGUUUAUUUGGCUCUGGCAUUGCCCUAAUCUCAAGGGGUGGUGGAGGAGGAGUAGGAUGGAUUCUUCUGUGGAGCUCAAUAGUGAUAGUGAUAAUUCCGUUGAAAUAACGGAGCAUCAUUUACUCCCUUCCUUUCCUCGUCUCUCAGAAUUAUCGAUCAGGGAUUGCCCUAUGUUGACUUCCAUAGAGUGGAUCCACAACUGCAAAUCACUUCAAGUGCUUAAAAUUGAGGAUUGUCCCAUCUUAUUGCAAAGAUACAAUAGAGACACAGGUAAGGAUUGGGCCGAGAUCGCUCACAUUCCAAAGUUAUAUUUACAGCAACUGCCUCAAGAGUGAGAAAAUUCAAGCACCGAUUGAGCAUUUCGACUGAUUCGGAUGCAGAAGCAGCAGAAUCCGUUGAAGGCACAGAAGAAACAGGGGAUCUUCGAUUUAUUCAGAAGUAGUAGAACCUAUUGAAGUACAGAAGAAACAGGGACAAAAAUUCAGAUCUUAUAAAAAAAUAAAAUCUAGGGCAGUGGAUUCGUGAUUCUUCACAUAUAGGAGAAAUUAGUGAAAAUUGGCAUUGGUGAAACCCAGAGCAAAUAUUAAGCGGAAGAUCCAAGCUAGCAAUAACACUCCAAGAACUACCUUACUGCACGGGGCUACACCAAAUUCAAGGGCUUCCCAUAUUCGUGGUGGUUUAUUUUUGGCUAUGUUGGAGCUCCUAAUAGCACAGUCUGUUUUUCAUCUACAGAUAGAGAAGGAAAUGCAUAUGAAAGGAUAAUGGGGUACGGGAAUUAUGGCGGAUUUGUGUAACAUGCUUGGACAAAACAUCUCGCUUCCUCAAUCUUUACAAAGACAGAGUAUUGCUGACUAUCCCACUUAAUUGGAGAGAUGCUAGAGGCAAAUAGAGAAAAAAUUGGCACUUAGUGAUAUUGGAUAAAAUAUUGUAGGGAGCGUCAAAUCUGGCAACUACAUUGUGGUUUAUUUUUGGCUUUUUAGAAGCUCCUACAGCCCAAUCCGUUAUGCAUCUUCAGAUACAGGUGGGAGUGGGCAAGACGUUAUUCAGUAAGACUACUAGAAUCACAGCACUAGAGUUGGUUUGAAAAGGACUCAACACUCUAUUGUUUAUGCAGCUCAAUACAUAUCAUUAAUUGGUUUGAAAAGGAUACAACACUCGAUCUGUUGUUUAUACAGUUACGUACGUGACAUCUUUUCUUAACUCUUUAUGGGAAUCAAAUGCUUAAACAUACAAUAGAGUAUGUCUUUCGUCAAAGAAAGCUACAUGUUUCUACAAUUAUGCAGCAACUAGCAAACAAUUGUAGACGAAACCUUGCUAGGAGGGUGAAGGAAACGAAGCGUAGUUAAAAAAUGAGCACGGCAAGUCAUCAAGUGUGUCACAGUUGGUGAUGGAGCUUUUGGAAAGACUUGCAUGAUCAUAUCUUAUACCAGCAAUACCUUUCCCACGGAUUAUGUACCCACUACGCUCAACAACUUUAGUGUCAAUGUCGUGGUUGAUGGUAUAGCACAGUUAACCUUGGACUAUGUGGCACUGCUGGACAGGAGGAUUAUAACUUGCUGAGGCCUUUGAGUUACAGAGGUGCAGAUGUUUUCUUGUUGGCCUUCUCUCUCAUUAGCAAAGCCAGUUAUGGAAAUAUCUCCAAGAAGCUUCCAGUGAAUUCCUGAGCUGAGGCAUUACACCCCAACUGUGCCAAUAGGGCUUGUAGGAACCAAACUUGAUGUAAGGGAAGAAAAACAGUAUUUGAUUGAUCAUCCUGGCGCUACAUCAAUGAUCUUGCAGUUGACUGCUGUAUGGAAAUCAGGGUUGUCGACCAAAAGAGGGAGUGGGAAGAUUCACAUACUAAUGAUAUGAAGGGUGAUUGAGAUACAAAAUGAUAUUUAGUCAAGAUUUUCUUCUACGGGGACUCGAUGUUCAUAAUUCUUGCUUGUUUUGCACCUUUGCUAUAUCCAUUUAUUGGCGUGUAUUAAUCAUGAGGUAAUUUAUU